AUGGCUGUGGGUAAAAGCAAGAAGAUGGUGAAAAAGGGAACGAAGAAGAAGGUAGUUGAUCCGUUCUCAAGGAAGGAGUGGUAUGAUGUCAAAGCGCCAUCUAUGUUUUCUAAUAGACAAAUUGGAAAAACAUUGGUCAACCGAACCCAGGGGACUAAAAUCGCUAGCGAGGGCUUGAAAGGUCGCGUUUUUGAGGUUUCGCUUGGUGACUUAAAUACGUCAGAAGCUGACUUCCGAAAAUUUCGUUUGAUUUGUGAGGAUGUGCAGGGCCGCAAUUGUUUAACUAACUUUCAUGGAAUGACGUUUACUCGUGACAGAGUUUGCUCAAUUGUAAAAAAAUGGCAUACUUUAAUCGAGGCAAAUACGGCUGUGAAGACUUCCGACGGCUACUUGCUGAGGUUAUUUUGCAUUGGCUUUACAAAAAAGAGCGCCGGACAGCUGAAAAAAACAAGCUAUGCAAAAACAUCAAAAAUCAAGCAGAUUCGUGCAAGGAUGGUCGAACAUAUGCAGAAGGAGGUACAAGGAAGCGACUUGAAAGAAGUUUGCAUGAAAUUAAUACCAGAUUCAAUCGGUAAAGACAUAGAAAAGUCCUGCUCUUUUAUUUAUCCUCUACAAGACGUUUAUAUUCGCAAAGUUAAAAUUUUGAAAAAGCCGAAGUUUGAAAUUGGACGCUUGAUGGACAUGCAUGGUGAUGUCGGCUCAUUCACAGAUGCAGCAGGAGAAAAAGUAGACCGACCUGACGAUUAUGAACCUCCAGUACAAGAAACAGUGUAA